CAAUAUUUCAGUCUACGCUCCGACGUCGUAGAGUUACAAGCACGAAAAUGGCGUGCCUGAACAGAAUUUCUUCAACCCGUUGCUGCUGUAGUUUCUGAGCGGAGGCCGGUCCACAAGUUGGUCCGUCCAUAAUAACAGGCACGGGAUUUUAGUCAUCGCAUAAGAACGACAGCUUGAUUAUUCCUUUUUUUCUAAAUACGAAAUAAUCAGAUUACCAAGGAAACGAUCGAUCGUGUGAAAGUAUAAAUAAGAAAAAUAAAAACGCAAACGACACGAAAAGGAAUUAAAGAAACUAAGGAAGAUCAAGAAUAAAAAUCCAUCACCCGUGCAUCUUUGGUAACAAGUACGACCGGUUCGUCCGGAGAUUUGUUACUUACUGUUUAAUUUAUUGUUGUGUGACGGUGAAAAACAUACCAAUUUUGGACGUGGUACCCCCGUUCAGGAACUAACGGCGAUUUUUACGAAAUAACAGUUAAAGAUAACUAAUUAAAAGUUGAGAAUCGAAACCUCGAAGAGAUCACGCGAAACGAGUAGUCCCGAUCACCGAUUGUAUUGAGUGGACGUUUGCAGCCGAUCUCUCCGUGACCAAGGACUAAUAUGAUGCAAAUGUGAUUAGGAAGAACAAGUGGAUAUAAAAGAUUAAUAUAAACCUAUUAGCAAGUUGAGAAACAACGAUGCAAAUAGAUGAAAACGUGAUAUUAUUGUCGAUACAUACGUGUAGUUGUGUAUUAGUAUUGUAAUUUGAAAAUAGUUAAAAAAACAGGAAAGAAAACUUAUCAUUUACGCAUGAGUAUAAAUGCAGUUCGACGAAGAUUAAACACGAUUUUUAGUGAGGCAGAAAACGGAAGGUAAUAUUAUAAGUGAAACUAGGAGGAAAGAAAACUUUUUUUUCUUACUACGUAAAAAAUGUUGAUGAAGUGACCAAAUAAAGUUUUUUACAAUAUAAAAUUGUGCCGGGUAAAGAUAAAGCGUGAAAACAAUCAAUCGGUAUAUAUUAAACGAAAACGUUAAUAGUUAUAGUUUUGACAAUAUUUGGUAAAAAAAAAAAUAAAAAUAAAAAAUAAAUAACUUGAAACGUGUAAUAUAAUAGUCAGGUGGUGUUUUAUAAUAACAACAAUAAAAAUCAUUGAAAAACAAUACAAACAGUCAAACGAUCGGUGGGGAAUAGUGGUGCGUGCGGUAUCGUAGUACGAAUAUGAGAGUUGCUAGGCAGCAUCCGUUGCAUUUACAAGUGACGCGAACGAAUAAUGGAAAAUUUCUCGUCAAUUCGAACGGUAGUCAACACGAUGUUGGCGGUCAGCAACGGCGGCAACACCAGCAUCUGCAGCAACAGCAACUGCUGCAACAGCAGCAGCAGCAGCAUCAUCAUCAUGCUCAGCAAUUGCAACUGCAGCAGCAGCAGCAACAGCAGCAGCAGCAACGACAACAGCAGCAGCAACACCAACAGCGGGGCAACGGCGAUCAGCAACAGUUACAGCAAAAAACGACGAACGAAGAGACGACGAACGGUAACGUUUCAACGGCGGCUUUUCCGAGCUGCGAAUCCGUCCCGACGCCAAAUCAUGGACCGACUUUGUUGGGGGAAAGGUUCUUGCUCGUCGGACCUGCCGAGGGCAGCGCGCUGUAUCGAUGCAUCGACGUGAAAACUGGUCAGCAACUCGUUGCCAAGGCGUUGACCGUCGGCGACAAGGGAGGUCAGGCCCUUCUCGAGGCGCAUCUUCGUCUCGACGGAACCGGGGCUGCGAGUGGAGUUGCUGGAGUCGUCGACGCGCCUGGUGGACGACGGUACCUUCUCCUGGAGGGACACCACGGGGAUCUUCACGCCUACGUAAGAGCCCGUAGACGACUGCGGGAGCCCGAAGCUCGUCGACUCUUCAGACAGGCUGCCAAGGCCGUUUCAACCUGUCAUGAAAACGGCGUUGUUUUACGGGACCUGAAAUUACGGAAAUUCGUAUUCGCCGAUGAAACAAGGACGAAAUUACGUUUGGAAAGUUUGGAGGAUGCUGUGAUCGUCGAAGACGACAAUGAUAAACUUGCUGACCGGAGAGGAUGUCCGGCGUACGUUGCACCGGAAGUUUUACGCUCGGGACGUGCGUACUCCGGAAAAGCAGCUGACAUUUGGUCGCUUGGGGUUCUUCUCUACACAAUGCUCGUCGGUCGGUAUCCGUUUAACGACGCUGAGCAUGCUUCUUUGUUCGCUAAAAUAUCACGAGGACAAUUCGCCGUUCCUGAAGGGCUCAGUCCGAGGGCUCGGUGUCUGGUCAAGGCUCUGCUGAGGAAGGAACCUUCAGAACGUCCGCAUGGGGAAGAUGUUGUCCGACACCCAUGGCUAUCAAGACCUUUGAAUUAUCCUCAACCGGCAGCACGAUCACCCCACGAUCAGCUCGUACCGCAAUCGGCAACGAAUUACUCUCAAGACUGAUUAUACUGCAAGAAUAUUCCACUGUGUGAUCUUUCGGACGAACGUAUUUUUCUUUAAAUUUGUGUGUAAACUUGAAACAAAACAAAUGCACAUAUAUACAUGUAUUCCUACGUGUAUAUAUAUAUAUUAGCACUUUUCGAUUUCGGUUUGUUUGUUUCGUUUCGAUUUGAUUUGUUUACUAAGAUCUGGGUUUUUUCUGAGAAAUUGUGAUCUUCGAAGAAAGCAGGCCUUCCAUUGAACUCAAUGAAAUGAUUUCGAUUACAAGUUGAAAAAUUGUUGCAGUUUGACCCCUUUUUUACAAACUAUUCAUUAUUAAAAAUCAUUGCGCUAACGUUCUCUCAUUGACAACGUUUCAAAGGUAACCAUAUUUUUUGACACGGUAUGGCGAAAAGAAUAUAAUCAUUUAAGAUCCCCUAAGACCUCCUAGGACUUAUUAGCGCUGAAUUCUUUACUAAUCACGAUGUUUAGAUAACUAGAAAAUGCUCUGAUAAUCGAUGAAACGAAUAGAUUCGAAUUCUCAUUUAUUUAGCAACCAUGUCAACGUUCGUAUGUAAAAUUUUUUGUGUGAUUAUGCUCCUCCGUCUUCAAUUAUUACUAACUAAUUCGGCCAUUGAGUAGCAAUUUUUUUCAUUUGACUGGGUUAUGUGAGCACUGUUCUUAUAUUGGAAGUACGUGGGAGGUCUUAAGAACGUUGUCAGACUAUGAAAAUAAUGGAGAGUGGAUUUUAUAAAGUGCGCUAGGAAUAUUGAAUUCUUAUUUAUUUUAUUAGUUUGUAUACAAGUAUGUUACGUUGCGUUUACGAAUGAAAAAAUCUGAUAAGGGAUUCAUUCGCCGUCAUAAAUGAUGCUUGUUUUCCAUAAGAGUAAUUUGUGACAAUUUUCAGCUCUGUUCAACUCAGCAACGUUAAAUCGUUUACAGACGUUUAUUAAAGCACGUAGAACAUGUGUUAAAUCUCAUAGUUUUUGAUUUCUUUUGGUCAAUAAGAUUCAUAAAUGAACAUCGUGAGUAUUGUUUUGAUACACUUAUGGCACUUUGUGCUAGUUUCCUUUGAAUAUUGCAUUUUUUGUUCAUCAUCUCAUAUGCGCAGAAGUUCGUUGCACGUUAAAAAUGAAACAAUGAAGUUAUUUUUUAGUAAAUUCCACGCUCAUAACUCAUAAAUAUUACUGCGGACUUUACAUGCUGUCCGAAAGAUAACAGAGUUAAGAAAUUUAUAUUAUAAAAGAUCGCACACAUAUACAGGGUGUCGCAAUGUCUAUUGUCUACAGAAUUUACAUAUUGUUUUUCUUAACUGAACUAUCCGAAAACCAAAUUGAUAGGUUACAGAAAUUAAAGAAAUUGCCGACAGCCUAUAGUAUAUGUAUGCUACAUACUAAUAAAUAUAUCACUCAUUAUAAAAGCAUAGGUGGGGAAUUGUAAUUGUGAUUGUUAAUUUUAAUAUUACAUCAUGAGUAAAUGCAGUUAAAUAAUUCUGUAGCAGGGUGAAUUUUACGAAGCGAAAAUCGCAGUCUUUCUUACGCUUCCGAGAGAUGUUUUCUAAAAUUCAUGUCGAGCUAUUCAAAAGUCGCAAUUUUGCUUCUCGUCGUCAGUUUUUGUGCCUGCGACAUUUUGCUGAUAUCAUUUAGUCUCCGACGUAAAUUCUAAUGGCGCGAUGAAUAGAAACCUGCAUAUUCACCUAUGCGUUUAUAAUUUGGUAUUGAAGUUCCGAAUAUUACACAUUGUUUUUCCCUAUCUCUUAAGUAACUGCUUUUUUCGCCAGGUAGUUGCACCAAGCGUGUUCCUAAACAUAUAAAUGUAGAUUAUAAAUAUAUACACGCGAAUAUAUACUAACGCGAUCAUGUAAAUAAUACGUCAAUCGAAUAAAUUCUACGUAUAAUUAGGUAGGCUAAUUAUCAAAUCCUGUACAUACAAGCAAAUACAAAGUCUUUUGAAUGUAAA